AUGCCAAAUACACGAAGUAGUUCCCGUACAGUCAAGCCCAGUCAUGCUGGGAUUCUUCAAAAGCGAGCACGAGCACCAAGACAGACGUCUACGUCGAAGAGAAAUCUGAAGAAGAAGAAGAAGACAGCAGCAGCAGCAACAGCUCCCGCGACUUCGAAUCAUCCCAAGGCAGAAUUACCCGUCUCUCCCGAUGAAAAGUCUCACGUCCAGCCAGAAGACGCAGUCAAAGGCAGCGAAAAAGUCACAAGAAUCUACAACGAACUCUGGGAAUCCACGCCCGUCAGUCUCGCGUUCAUCGACCACGGGCUUUUGGAAACCGACGCCGACACGGAAAUCAUCGCGCUCAACCUCAUCGAUCAUAUGAUCAAAGAAGAAAACUGGAAUCCUGCGUUGUCCAUGAAUAAACUCAGCGCGGCGUGUUUUCUCUUCGCGAGUCGGGUGACGGGGAAGGGGAAUGAGGCGGGAGACAUCGCGCGGUCGUUUGAGCACGAUGCGGAGAGGUAUUCUUCGGCGCUGCUCGCUACGGUCAAUGUUUCGCGUAUGGCGACGGAUUUUACGGUUAGGAGGAGGAUUGCGAUGGCUUUGAAGAUGUGUGCGCGGGAUGUUGAGGUUGGGUAUGGGAUUUUGUGGGAGCAGAGGAGUGAGUUGAGAGGUUUGGUUGGGCUUUAUGCGGAGGGUGUGGAGUUUUUGCCGGGGCCGGAAGGGGUUGGUGUUGAUGGGGCUGGUGAGGCUGUUGCUGUUGCUGCUGUGGAGGAGGCUGCGGAGGUGAAGAAGGAUGAGGAGGAGGCGGAAGAAGAAGAAGAAGCGAAGGCGGAGGAGUUGCUGAGAGUUGCUGAUGCACCGCUCGUUAGUCCGGCUUUUCUUGAGCUUGAUGAGUUUGAGUGUGCGGUAGCGGAGCAUGAGUAG